AUGCACUUCUUCGACGGGGGUGGGUGUAGCGGGAGAAGGGUGAGGUCACGGGAAGCGCGCGUGCAUGUCUUUGGGGAUGAUGAACACCGCGCGCAAAGACAAUUCAGCGCUCACUCCCUCCCUCUGGCCCGUGUGCGCGUGUCAAAUCGAAUCUCCACCUCAGUGCCGAGUACACCUGCUGUGCCGGCGUAUAAUGUGCUGCAUACAAGCUCUCCUCACUUCUCCUCCCACCCCUGUCCAUCCCGCUCCUAUUUCUCUGGGAGCGCCUCUGCCCUCCCUCCUCUCAUCCGCAGCCUGAGCACAGAGCCCCAUGUGUCGGAAUCAAUUAGGGCUGAGAGCCGUCGUGGCCGCUCUUUCACGGAGGUAAAUAUUAAACUGCACCAAGCGCCGUGGAGGAACAGAGGCAGCAAGCAUGAGCGAGAGGUGGGGGCCGCGGGGGGAGAGAGGAGCCCCUCCGUCCCUAAUCCACCGCAUCGAUCAGGCGGGGAUGAGGCGGCCGCCCUGCCCUGUCCUCAUGCGUGUCCUCAGAUGGGCCCUGUCCCACAAGGGUGUCCUGUCUUUGUGGAGAGAGGAUCUCAUGGACUCACAAUAAAUGGUAUCCAAUGGUCCAAUGCGUUUGCGUUUAUUGUGCCAUUUUCUGCCACUUUUGUGCGAGAAAGAGUGACCGUAAUGCAAUCUCUACCCACUGCAUGUCCCCCCGCUGUGAAGGAGAGUAGCUCGGUGUACAAGCCGGGCCAAUGCAGAAGAAGAAGGGGGGGUGUGGAGAAGGGGUCAAGGUACUGUUGGUGGCAGCCGCGUGAGCUAUCAGCAACACCAUGUCCCAAUAGACACACAAGCUCUACAGAGACCCUGAAGUCGACCCCGGGACCCCUGAUACACAUCUGGAACAACACCCAGAUGAGUGGGAGAGGCCAGUGCUUUUGA